AUGGCUUUCACCUUCGCGGCCUUCUGCUACAUGCUCACCUUAGUGCUGUGUGCCGCACUCAUCUUCUUCGUCAUCUGGCAGAUUAUUGCGUUUGACGAGCUGUGCACAGACUUCAAGAACCCAAUCGAUCAGAGCAACCCCACCAGAGCGAGGGAAAGAAUUCUGAAUAUUGAAAGAAUAUGCAACUUGCUGCGGAAGCUGGUGGUGCCAGAGUACUCCAUCCAUGGGCUGUUCUGCCUGAUGUUCAUGUGUGCUGGGGAGUGGGUCACCCUGGGCCUAAACAUCCCCCUGCUCUUCUACCAUCUCUGGAGGUUUUUCCAUCGGCCGGCAGAUGGGUCAGAGGUAAUGUAUGACCCUGUCAGUGUGAUGAAUGCAGACAUCCUGAACUACUGUCAGAAGGAGUCCUGGUGUAAGCUGGGCUUCUACCUGCUCUCCUUCUUCUACUACCUGUACAGUAUGGUCUAUGCCUUGGUGAGUUUCUAA